UUAAAAAAAAAUAUAUGUUUUUCAGGGGAGUACCCCUUUAAGGGCAAGUGCCUAACUCUUUCCUUUUAUACUUUACUGCAUUUAAUAGAAGCCGGCAUUCUGCAAGGCAGCUGCUUAUAAAGGGAAUUAUCCUGAUAACAGGAGCAUUUUGUGAAUUUCUAUUUAAGUAAUCUGAUUUUAUUCUAUUCAUCUGAAUAGGGUUAUUUUAGUGCCAAGCACAUGAAUUUCUGCAAGUUCCAUUUAGAUGAACAGGACAGUCCCAGUAACUACUUCACCAAAUGUAUUGUGUGAAUACCUGAUAGAGUUUGGCUACCUCCCUGAUGAGAACAUCACAGAGUAUGUGGUUCCUGAUGGUCCCUUUAUCUCAGAGGACCAGCUGCCAGAAGAGUUCAUCAGUGGACUGGAAUGGUUCCAAAGACAGAAUGGGCUAAAAGUCACCGGUAGACUGGACGACGAAACCAGUGAUGCCAUGAAGCUUCCCCGUUGUGGCAAACACGAACAGCGCAUGUCCUAUAAUGUGGGCUCCAAGUGGACUAAACCCCUUUUAACAUAUAAAAUAAUUAACACCACUUCCCUGCUACCAGACAAGUCUGUCCGAGAAGAGUUAGUCAAAGCCCUGAAGGUCUGGGAGAGCGUAACAACUCUAAAAUUUAUUGAAGUGGGAGCCAAUCAGACGGCUGACAUUGAUAUGUUCUUUGUGUCUGGACUUCACAAUGAUGGGCAGAGGAAUGCCUUCGAUGGCCCAGGUCGUGUACUCGGCCAUGCCUUCCUGCCCCCAUUCAGAAAAUCCAAGAAACCCAUUGAUGGAGACUUACACCUCGAUAAUGAUGAGAAGUGGUCAAUUAAGGAAAAGAAAGGAGUCAACCUUCUGCAAGCGGCUGCCCAUGAGCUCGGACAUUCCCUGGGACUAGAUCACUCCACCAUUCCUGGAGCUCUGAUGGCCCCAACUUACAAGGGCUACAAUCCAUUAUUCAGGCUUCACCAGGAUGAUAUAGACUCCAUCCAAGCUCUGUAUGGAAAACCUUCAGUGAAGACUAAUGAAACGUCAUCUGCCGUCCUAUCAGGAGGAUCGAAAGCUUUGACACCCAGCGCAGGGAACAAGAACGUUACCUCUGCCAAAGUGACCGAAGAAGAGAGAAAUCCUAGAAAGCAGUCUAUAGUCAGGUUAUGUAGUGACGACCCAAUCGACACAUUUGUAUCUACUAAAGAUGGCUCUAUUUACGUAUUUAAAGGUGAAUAUUUCUGGGAUCUUAGCCGUGGAAAGCUACCAUUGACUCCUAAGAAGAAACACCCACAACUGAUCUCUACAAAGUGGAAAGAGCUUCCAGCAUCGAUCGACGCAACAAUUCGAAUGCAAAACCCAACAGCAGAUCAAGAUGGGAAGAUCUUCUUUUUCAAGGGAAAUAAGUACUGGAAAUAUGACAAUGAUAAAAUAGAGCCUGGCUAUCCCAAGCUGAUUAAAGAAGGUUUUCCGGGUGUUCCUAAUAGUGUUGAUGCUGCAUUCACCCAGCCGGCCAUUGUGGCAAAGGGAAACAAAGUUAUUCGGGAGGAGAGGAUUUUCUUUAUUAAAGGUAAAAGAUUCUAUCUUUAUGACCCGGUUGCCGGCAACAGCUCAAGCCCGCAAAUGUUACAAGAAGACUGGAUUGGGGUGAAGCUUCCGAUCACUGCUGCCCUCAGCUGGAAGAAUGAGAUGUUCCUUAUUGGAAAAAAGAAGUUCCAGAAGAUUCUCCUGCUAUCUUACUCACAUAAUCGGGUCUAUGGCAACAUUCACCAGGCCAAAGAUCUAAAUCAGCUGAUCGCGUGCGAAACUACUAAAUAAUGCAAGCGCAUGUGCUGUAAUGGUCAUGAUCUGCUGAUAUUCAUUUACUGCUGAUUUGUAUGAUACAAUCUUUAUAAUAGCAAUGAUACUAUGCAUAUAUCUCAUCCUAAGAGAAAGACGAGCUACAUUUUGUUUUGUUUUUGCCUGCUACGUUGUUUCCACGUUGUGCCUGGCUAUCCCUAAGAGUAUGUUCACACCUGUAUAAUUCCGCACCAGUAUUCAGCUUCAAUUCUAUUUUAAGUCAAAGGGGUACUUCACCCCUAGACAUCUUAUCCCCU